GCUGUACUCGCUCUAGGACCCGGUGUCCCUUCUUGCGUAUUUUGGCCACUUGAUGCUCUCCGGGCUUACGCCUAUAUGGACUCAUUCAAGCAGAUGUAGCACUCAGAAGAACAACCUUGGAUAUACAGAGGGAUUGUGUGUCUUUGCGACCAGGGGAUGCCUCUUGAUCAUGUUUCCGUAAGGAUUCACAGAAGAAGGCAUAUUGCACGUAUCUGCACUCUCACAGUGCCAGUCUAGCCUGCAUGCAUUUGCGCGCGCCUUGGGAGUUUCCGUGAAUACGGAAGAGAAAGAAGCACGAGAUUCUAACUUUUCAUAUUUCUUUUCCUAAAAGGAGCUGCACUGGUCAAACGAAGGAAAUACUCAACAAUGAAUCAGCGUUGGGGUCAUUCGAAUGGAUUUCUAACCAACCUGUUUCUGCUGGUUUUAUGGCGUUCAUGUUCUGAGGCAGAAGUAUCUGGCUCAGACGCCUUUAAAAACAACAUAACCCUCUUCACGCGAAUAUUGGACCGGUUACUCGAUGGUUACGACAACAGACUGAGACCUGGUCUGGGAGAUCGAGUGACAGAGGUGAAGACUGAUAUCUAUGUGACCAGUUUUGGGCCAGUGUCAGAUACAGACAUGGAAUACACAGUGGAUGUGUUUUUCCGUCAGCGCUGGACAGACGAGCGGCUAAAGUUUCACGGGCCAAUGAACAUCCUGCGUCUCAACAACCUGAUGGCCAGUAAAAUCUGGACCCCAGACACUUUCUUUCACAACGGCAAGAAAUCUGUGGCUCACAACAUGACCAUGCCUAAUAAACUGCUGCGCAUCAUGGAGAACGGCACUCUACUGUACACCAUGAGGUUGACAGUGCAAGCCGAAUGCCCAAUGCAUCUUGAGGACUUUCCAAUGGAUUUCCAUUCCUGUCCCCUGAAAUUUGGCAGCUAUGCUUACACUUUGACAGAGGUGACGUAUGUUUGGACACGCAAUGCCACCUUAUCGGUGGAAGUAGCUCCGGAUGGAUCUAGACUUAACCAGUAUGACUUAAUGGGACAGACUGUUGCAAAGGAAACCAUCAAGUCCAGUACUGGUGAAUAUACAGUGAUGACUGCACAUUUCCAUCUAAAGAGGAAGAUUGGAUACUUUGUGAUCCAGACAUAUCUGCCUUGCAUAAUGACCGUCAUCCUAUCCCAAGUCUCUUUUUGGCUCAACCGAGAGUCCGUCCCUGCACGCACAGUUUUUGGUGUGACUACAGUGCUAACGAUGACCACUCUGAGCAUCAGCGCUCGAAACUCUUUACCAAAGGUGGCCUACGCCACAGCCAUGGACUGGUUUAUUGCUGUGUGCUACGCGUUUGUUUUCUCAGCUCUCAUCGAGUUCGCCACUGUAAACUACUUCACCAAGCGCGGCUGGGCCUGGGAUGGAAAGAGCAUUGUCAGUGAUAAGAAAAAGGAGGUGUCUGUUAUGAAAAAGAAUAACGCAUAUGCAGUCGCUGUGGCAAACUACGCGCCCCAUAUUACGAAGGACUCGGCUCUGCCCACCGUCUCUAAGAGCGCCACAGCGGAGCCCAGUAAAGCUCAACCGGUGGCUAAAGAAGCAAAGAAGACCUUCAACAGUGUCAGCAAGAUUGACCGCAUGUCCCGCAUCAUCUUUCCGGUGCUUUUUGGCAGCUUUAACUUGGUUUACUGGGCCACAUACCUCAACAGAGAACCUGUUAUUAAGAACAUGGUGCCCUCCCUGUGAUCCAUUAGCUAUCCUUCACAAUAUGCUACAUACAUACAAAUUAUCCUAAAUUAACCAUAUUCUUUCUAUCUAUCUAUCUAUCUAUCUAUCUAUCUAUCUAUCUAUCUAUCUAUCUAUCUAUCUAUCUAUCUAUCUA